CAACUUUCUGAACGUAAAAUUAAAGUGGCGCGUAUAUGAAAAAGUUUCCCUCCCAUUUCCUCCCUCUUUUUCCCCCUCACUCCCCUGGAAGAAUACCGGUAUAUAUUUUUCAUUUUCGGAAUUUCCAUUUUCCCUCAACUCAAACGUCAUUCUCUCUUGUCAUCCUCAUCCUUCAACCCAACCCACAGCCCCUUUUAGCUCGAAUAUUUUAAAACUACUACUUCGUUGUAAUUGGAUAUUAUUGAUUUGAUGGGUAGGGAGCGAGCUUAUGUUGAUGACGAUAUUGAUGAAAGUAAGUUCAAGAAUUCGGAAGCAAUGAACCGCUACAAGAAAAUCUUCAGUGUUCAAUGUGUGACGGUUGAGCGGGAGGUCAAAUUGAGCGACUUCGAGGAUCUUGGGCUUCCCAGAAUCUUGAAAUCAAGAGGUUGGCUUUUGGCAAUGGGUCCUUCAGAGCCUGCUAAUAUCCAGAUUGUCCAAGAAUUCUACGCAAACAUUCCUCCUUUCUCCUCCGAGCAGAAAAACCCACCUGGGUUUGGCCCUUUUGGUACUUGUUUGUGGGAUGAGACUCUGCAUUUCUCCAGCGGUCGAGAAUACCCUGACUCAUUUGAUGUGUAUUUGCGGGGUAAGGUGUUGAAUUUCUCUGUUUCUGGCAUUGCCCAGUUGCUUAAACUUGCUAGGCCAAACCCAAAUGAAAAAUCACCUGGUUUUCCUGGGCUUCUUGUUGAUAAUCUUGACUUGAAGUUGGUGAAAUCUACUUUGGGUUGGAACAAGAGAGUCAGGGUUUUGCGUGAAAAUCGACUAAGUGAUUUGUACAAAGUGCUUAACAGCAUAGUGAGAUAUAAUAUCGAUCCUCCUUGUCACGUUAUCCCUUCUUUGCUUACCCCUGAUAGAGCUCGCCUCCUUUAUGCCAUUGGGAACAAUGUGCCCAUUGAUCUGGCCACCUACAUUUUUCGUGCCAUCUGUCGUGCUGCAUUCCCAACUUCCAUGCCCGACUCCUUGCCUUUUGCGUCCUUGAUCACGCGCUUCGCCAUGGCUUCUCACGUGCCAGUUGAGCCUACGGAUAAGCUUUAUUCUCCUUGGUCGCCUUUGGACAACUUGGAUAUUUUUGGCUAUAGCUUUACUCCAUCUUCUCCUGCAGUCAAGCAGGCGGUGGUGAGCCACACGUCCAGUAUGGCCCUACUUACCAAUGACGUUGCUGAGCACAGGGGUGAUGUGCGCCCCGUUUCCACCUUCUCGGUCAUCCCACCUUCUUCGAAACAGCCAUCUACAGAAAUAAUGGAGGCUGAAGAAGAAAAUAACGGCAAUUUGAUUCCUAACUCGCAUGCUUGUAUAAAUCCGUUAAUUUCAACUUCUGACUCGCAUCCAAAUAAGAAAGCGAAAAAAGAUCCAUUGGAACAUGCAGCUGGUGAGGUGUCAAAGUUACUGCAUGAGUUUUUGGCAAGUCAAAUGAAACUACAACUCAAAGGAGAGGAGGUCCUUGGAGUGGUUUCAAAGAUACCUAACCUCAGUAGAUUGCAAGUUUUUAAGGCUGUACGCAUAAUAUUGAGUGGUAACCCAGAAGAAUUCUCUCUACUGAAAUCUCUUCCUGAUGUUGAGAAGACAGAGUGGAUACUCUUACUUAUUAGUCAAUCUGAAGGAAAAGAAGAAAGUUUGAGAUACACUAUCCCUUCUGCCCAUGGUAUGGCUCUCUCUCUCUCUCCCCCUCCCCCUCUCGCUCUCCCUCUCUCUCUCUAA